AUGGAUUCACGUAAAACUGUUUUAAUUACUGGAGGCUUGAACGGAAUUGGUUUGGAAAUUUCUCGUGCCUGUUUACAGAGUAAAUUGUAUAAUAUUUGUGUUGCCGAUAUUGCAAUUCCACAAGAAGGUUCAUUGCCAAUCGAUCCUUUCCAAAAUAUUGAAGAAUCACAAGGAAGAUAUCUUUUAUUACAUUGUGAUGUUUCAAAGGAAGAUCAUGUACAACAAGUUGUCUCGAAAACAGUUGAAACUUUUUCUAGAUUGGAUGCAGUGAUUAAUAAUGCAGCCAUUUCUCAUCCACACUAUGGAGCUAAAGAUAUUACUGGUUUAUCUUUGGAAGAAUGGAAUCGUACAGUUUCUAUUAAUUUGACAAGCAUUUUCCUCACUACAAAGUAUGCAGUCCCACAUUUGAAACAAUCAAAGGGAUGUAUCAUUAACGUUUCAAGCACAAGAGCUUUGCAAAGUGAGGCCAAUACAGAAAUUUAUAGUGCCACUAAGGGUGCAGUAUUAUCGCUCACUCACUCCUUAUCUAUUAGUUUAGGACCAGAAAUUAAUGUAAAUGCCAUUUCUCCUGGUUGGAUCGAUGUUCAAGACCAUCAACUUGGAAAGGAAAGAGAAUAUAAUUUGAGAGAUUUGGAUCAUCGUCAACAUCCAGUCGGUCGUGUUGGAAGACCUGAAGAUGUCUCAAAAUUAUGCUUGUACUUGAUUCAAGAUGGAUGUCAAGAAGGAGGUGGUUUCAUCACUGGUCAAAACUUUGUCAUUGAUGGUGGUAUGACAAAGAAGAUGAUUUAUUUGGGUGAACCAUGGUGGAAUGAAUAA